AUGGGAAAAGGAAAGGUGAAGACGGCACCCUCACCCACGGGAAAAGAUGGAGAGGAAAAAGAAGACGAUCUUACUCCUAUUCAACCGGUUCCGUUUAUGCAAUUGUUCCGGUUUUAUACCACUCCGGAUAUCCUCAUGCUCUUGGUCGGUUGUGUGUUCGCAGCCAUUGGUGGAUUGUGUUUCCCCGGCAUCAAUAUUGCGUUUAGAAAUAUGAUGGAUAGCACGGCUGCGUCUGCGACGUCUUCAGAUCAGACAAAAAAUGCCGUCAUGUGGAUGGAAAUCGUCGCGUUAACGCUUGGGACUUCUCUAUUCUUAGCGUACGGUUUUGUAUCAUGGGCUGCGAGUCGAAACUCGAGACACGUGCGACAGAAAUACGUCGAGUCGUUACUCACGCAGGAUGUCGCGUUCUUCGACGAAGCGAAAGCGGGCGAAUUAGCUUCGUAUACUGCGGAGAAAGUGAACGAGUUACAACAAGGUUUAUCGAAGAAGUUUGCCGAGCUCGUGCAAGCGUUCUUUCAAAUGGCGGGUGGCUUCGGCGUCGGAUUUUACUUUUCGUGGGAACUUUCUUUGGUUAUUUUAGCGACGACACCUUUAUUGGGCUUUGCGACGAUGAUGCUCGUGAAAACCGUCUCUGGAUUUGAAAAAGGCGUAGAAGCGUACAAAGCCGCCGAUGCGGUGGCCACGGAGUCCUUAAAUGCAAUUCGCGUAACGAACGCGUUGAACGUACAACCAGUCAUGGCGAAACGGUACGACAGCCACUUGGGCGCCGCCGAGAAAGAAGCGGCGACGCGCACGUGGAAGGCAGCGUUUUCCGGCGGCUCCUUGUUUGGGACGAUGUUUUUGAUGUACUCGCUCGGUUUAUGGUACGGGAACAAGCUUGUGGCAGAUUCCAUGGACGAUGCGUUGAAGAAAUACCCACCACCAGAUGGCUUAACAGACGCUUCGAGUAUCAGCUGGUCGAUGCACAACGAAUUCGCCGCACCGUAUUGUGGAUUUUAUAAAAGCAGCUCCAUAAUUUCCGGGUCCGACUCGUACUCGCAGUGCAUGUGUAAACUCGAAUACCCGGCGGGAUACGAAUCUCCCAAUUGCGGAUGCGGCUACCGCGAGGUAAGUUCGGUCGGCUCGUUACUCGGUGCUUCGAGCGACGUGUGCAUGUCCGGCGGAACCGUCGUCAUGGUAUUCUUUUCUGUUCUUUUCGGAGGAUUCGCGCUCGGGCAAGCCGGUCCGGCUUUUGAAGCUUUGGCGAAAGCACGCAUUGCCGCCGCCAAAAUUUACAAAAUCAUCGAUCGCGUGCCAGAAAACGGUAUCGAUACGAGAAAUCCAACUGGGAAGGAACUUUCGUUUCCUAUCAAAGGUGACAUUGAGUUUAGGAACGUGCACUUCGCCUACGGCGCUUUGAAUCGAAAAGUCUUCGCCGGCAUAAAUUUGAAAAUCGACGGUGGAACUAUGUGCGCGCUAGUUGGCCAAAGUGGAUGCGGUAAAUCAACCAUCGCGAGAUUGUUGGAGCGGUUCUAUGACCCGCAACAAGGAGGGUGCAUCACCUUAGAUGGCGUUGACAUCCGGACGCUCAAGAUCAACGCCCUGCGUGACGCGAUAGGUAUCGUAUCUCAAGAACCGCUACUCUUCGAAGCUUCAAUUGCCGAAAAUAUCGCAGCGGGAGCGAUUUCAUCGGUCAAGUCUUCCAUCACUGACGCAGACAUUGAACGCGCGGCGCGCGUUGCGCGAGCGCACGAAUUCAUUCAAAGUUUUCCUGAUGGCUACCAUACCAUCGUAGGUGGAAAGAAUGCAAAGCUUUCGGGCGGUCAAAAGCAGCGAAUCGCAAUCGCGCGCGCGGCGCUUCGGAACCCGCCCGUGUUGAUAUUGGACGAAGCAACAUCGGCAUUAGAUACCGAGAACGAACGUCUCGUUCAAGCGGCCUUGGAUGCUUUGGUUUCGGGUGGUUCGAGAACGACUAUCGUCAUCGCGCAUCGCUUGACGACGGUGCGAAACGCAGACAAAAUUGUCGUCCUCGGUAAGCCCGGGAACGAUCCAUCCGCCGGUAGUGAAGUCAUGGAGCAAGGUACGCACGAUGAGCUCAUGAAGUUGGGUAAAGACGGAAGGUAUCGCGCGUUGGUUGGUUUAUCGAAAGAUGACAACGCACCGUCAGUAUCAUCGAAAUCGAUGAAAAAAUCGAGUUCGAAAGCAUCGUUUGCCUCGCUUGCUUCUGCGGAAAACUCGCAAAUUGAUGGCAAAGGCUUUUCGGGUGGUAAAUCUGAUAGCUACGCCAACUUGAGCGAAAUUUCGAAGGGAGACGAGGAUAAAAAGAAGAAGAAGAAGAAGAAGGGCGCGAAAUCGGAUAAAUACGAAGUGAAAACGAGUAGAAUUUGGAGCUACUCGAAGCCGGAGUUUCCACUCGUCAUCUUCGGGUGCUUUGUCGCCGUUGUAAACGGAUGCAUCAUGCCCGCGGUUGCGUUUGUUUUCGCCGAGAUCAUGGCGUUGUUCUUCAAUUUCGAUACCGACUAUAUGCGCGAUCGUUCAGAAACGUUAGCAAUCGCCAUGUUUGGCGUAGCCAUCGCGGCAUUUAUUGCUUCUGGUGUCCAAGGUGGUAUAUUUGGCAUCGUUGGCGAACGGUUAACGAGGCGUUUGCGCUCGCACGCUUUUCGCGCGAUGAUGCGUCAAGAUAUCCCAUUUUUUGACAACACGGAUAACUCUGUUGGCGCGCUCACGCAAGUGCUGUCCGUGGAAACCUCCAAAGUACGCAACAUGACUGGGCAAUCGCUCGGUGGAUUCAUCCAAACGGUUGGCGCGUUAGGCUUUGGCCUCGGCUUGUCGCUGUCGUCUUCCUGGAAGUUUGGCCUGUGCUUGCUCGCCGCGGUUCCCAUAUUAUCUGUUGGGGAAAUGCUCAAUAUGAAAAAUCUCGGCGACGGCGGCGCAUCGGCAAUUACUGAUGCGACGAAGAAGUCAUCGUCCGUCGUGAGCGAGGCUGUGCAGAUGAUUAGAGACGUCCAAGCGUUUGGCUUGGAGAAACGCAUCGCCGGUUUGUACGACACCUUAUUAAUUGAGCCGAGCCGAGCCGAGCGAAACGAAUCCAUGCGCGCAGGUGCAACAUUUGGCAUAAGUCAGGCAGUCACUAUGGGUUUUUAUGGUUACGCGUUUUGGCUCGGCGGCUACUUCAUCAACAAAGGCGAAUUGACCUUUAUCGAUUUCAUGAAGUCCCUCUGGGCCCUCGGUUUCUGCGCCGCCGGCGCUGGACAGGCGGCGAUGUUUAUGGGAGACAAAACCGCAGGAAACGCAGCGGCGAGUCGAAUUUUUGAACUCAUCGAUCGUGAACCGCCAAUUGAUACGAACCCUUUCGUUGAAAGUGGUGAUGCGCGCGUCAUUCCAAUGACGCGUGCGCAGGCGAAAGAGUCGAAUUGCGGUACAAUUGUCGAUAAUUUCUCAGGAUCCAUCGAAUUUCAAGAGGUGAAGUUUUCGUACCCGACACGAGAUGCGCCAGUAUUAAACGGUUUGAACCUGAACGUGAAAGCCGGUGAAACCAUCGCGCUCAUUGGUACGAGUGGCUCUGGCAAAUCUACCGCGGUGCAGCUUUUAGAACGUUUUUACGAUGCAGUCGCGCCAAAAUCCUUGGCUGCGAAGAGUAACGAUAGCGAGGGUGAUUUAACCUCUUUAGUUGUUCCCGGGGCUGAUUGCGGCAAGAUUUUCUUUGAUGGCGUCGAUAUCAAAGAGCUCGACGUUAUGUGGCUUCGCGCUCAAAUAGGUCUCGUCGAGCAAGAACCCGUCUUAUUCUCGGGAUCUGUACACGAUAACAUCGCCUCUGGCUCGCCGACCAGCGAAGCUUCUCGCGAAAAAGUUAUCGAAGCUGCUAAAAUUGCAAACGCGCACGAAUUCAUCAUGAACAUGCCGCAAGGGUACGAUUCAGAUGUCGGCGUCGGUGGCUCAUUAGUUUCCGGAGGUCAAAAGCAAAGGAUUGCGAUUGCUCGAGCGAUCGUACAUGAGCCAAAAAUUUUAUUGUUGGACGAAGCGACGUCGGCUCUCGAUAAUGAAUCAGAGAAACUAGUCCAAUCCGCGCUCGAUGCCGUCAUUGCAAACGGUAAACAACGGAGUACGAUUGUAAUCGCGCAUCGAUUGAGCACGAUUCGAAAUGCAACGCGCAUCUACUUGCUUGACAACGAGAAUGGGGUAGGAUCCGUGGUUGCUGAGAGCGGAUCGCACGACGAACUCAUGCGCAAGGGCGGCAAAUAUGAACUCUUGCGCAACGCAUACGACGACAAAUAA